GGGAAUGCCCGUUAGUUGCGUCUGCCGAUAAUAGCACAUCAGCCAGAGCGCUGCUACUGGGUGAGCAGAGCACAGGCAGCGCAGAGGACUGAGCCGCUGAGCGCACAAUGGUUCACCAGACAGGGAGCGUGAAGGGAGAGCGCAUCCGCACAUGUACAGGAGAGGAGGACUGAGCAGGAGCAGGGCAGCAGGGAGAGGAGCAGGAGCACGAGGAGGAGAAAAGUUACCCGGUCAGCAGCUGAGACUCACUUGGGUCUCAGUUCCAGUGGAGGAGCCAAGCACAUCAAUGAGCAGAGCAGGAGGAGAGUGAUAUUACAGCAGGGAGAGCUGCAACUUCUCAGAAUCCAGUCCUGUCAUAAGGCAAACAGGAGCCGCUGCACUGCUUACUCCAGGAUUAUCACAGGAAGGCAGAGGACUCUUACUGUGAACCUGCCCCCAAAAAAGUGCCUCUGCUGCUCCAUCCAACUCACUUCUGCAGGAGACCACAGGAAGGUGGAUGUAGUUGGGUGCCUUUGUCUUUUUUUUUUUUCUUCUAAACUGUGAAGCAGUGGAGAUUUGAAGGACAAGUAGUUCUGUCUUAUCUCUGGGACUAUGUUAGACUGUGCAUCAGCAGCAGCAGCAGCAGGCGCUCUAGAGCAUGGAGAAGUCCAGCAGUGAGGAGUCAGCCAUUCACCGUAGUCCAUCAGUAGAUAGCCGGGAUUCUGAUUUUCCUCAAGCCUCCACGUCUGGUCGGCCGUUCGGUGGCCGCGGCUUCACUGCCGGCGCUUUCUACGGCUCCACGGGGCCACGCAAAAACACACAGCAGGGGCCGGCCGGAGCGGCAGCCGACACCGGGGCCGCGGACAAGACCAACAAGUACAGCUCACCCAAAGGCAGCAAAUACGUAGUCUUUUACCUGGACCUAUCCUUUGUGUUCCUUCUAGAGUUCAAGAAGUGCAACAUGGCGAGAGGCUGCUUGUGCUGCUUGAAGUAUCUGAUGUUCAUCUUCAACCUCAUCUUCUGGUUGUGUGGCUGUGGGCUGCUUGGCGUGGGCAUCUGGCUCUCUGUGUCACAGGGCAGCUUCGCCACCUUCUCACCUUCAUUCCCGUCUCUGUCAGCUGCCAACAUGGUCAUUGCCGUCGGCGCAGUCGUCAUGGUGACGGGCUUUCUUGGUUGCCUGGGUGCCAUUAAGGAGAACAAGUGCCUGCUUUUAAGCUUCUUCAUCGUACUGCUGAUAAUUCUUCUGGCAGAGCUGAUCCUCAUCAUCCUCUUCUUUGUGUACUCUGAUAAGGUGAGCGAGAACGCUAAGCAGGACCUGAAGGAUGGGCUGGCUCUUUACAACUCAGAAAACAACAUAGGCCUUCGAAAUGCAUGGAACAUCAUCCAGGCGGAGUGGAAGUGCUGCGGAGUCAUAGCGUACACGGACUGGCACGAGGCCCUGAAGGAGAAGGUGGUUCCUGACCGCUGCUGCCAGGAGCAUUACCAAAACUGUGGCCGCAACUCCACCAACAUGUUCUGGAACCGGGGCUGUUUUGAGAAGGUGGAAGAAUGGCUGGAUGAAAACAAGCAUCUGCUGGGAACCAUAGGCAUGGUCAUCUUGGUAGUGCAGCUGUUGGGUAUGGCGUUCUCCAUGACGCUCUUCCAUCACAUCCACAGAACAGGGAAGAAGUACGACGCCUAACCUGGGCGGAGGAGCCCCACUGGCUGCUGGGAAGAGACUCUGAUUCCAACAUUCAUGCUUUCCGUCUCACUUCACCACUUGUGUAAAGCUUCCUGCUCUGCUUCCUGGCCUGUACAGAUUCCAGCUGUGUUCCUGCACCUUUCCUGCUCUCUCCUCCUCUCAUUCAUUUUGCCAAAGAGUAACACAACUGGAUCUGAAGGGACACCUACUUUUGGCAAGCAAGAGAAUAAUACUGGUUCUGAAUGAAAUAUACUUUGUUUUUUCUCAUCAUUUUUCUUGGACUAACAAUUUGCUGGAAGGAAAGUUGGAUUUUGAGACAAUGAAGACUGAACUAAACCCCAUACAGCAUCUCCAAGGUGACAAAAACCCAUGAAAUAGAAACUCCUUGUCUCCUUUCUGGAGGUUUUUUCACUCAUUGCUCCCUUUUUUCCCUUGUAAAUGGAUAAAGACCCAAUACGGCAUGCUAGUUUUUUACUUCACUGACUUGCGUGUCUCUGAAACUUUAGUUUUAAACUUCUCAGAUUUGUUUUUUAUUCAAACGCUCAGCGCUCCUGCAGAAUGCUGAGUGGUGAGCAGUUCAGCGUGGCGACCUGGUGGAUGUGUUGUGUGUCGGCUCGGGUUUGACGUCAAGGGGUACAGACAUGUCUGCGUGGUUUUUGUUGUAAUCCAUAAUUUUAUUUUUUUUUACUGCGCUGUAGAGAUUAGGGAAAAGGGAAAGUGUUGGAAGAACAUCAUGUGAGUGUGAGGAAUUAUCAGUGGAUUUAUUUGGCAUCAAAUUCUGCAAAAUCCGCUGGGUAAUAAAUUUUAAUUCAUAAAUCUGUCCUUGAACACGCAUUGCUGUGUUCAAAUUCCCCUGUGAGGCAACAUUCACAGCGUUAAGCUGUUUGUCAGCGAAGGGAUCCGGGUGAUAAAGUCUUUUUUUUUAGACGAAGUGUUUGUGUGUUUAUCUCUGUGUUUGUUUGAUCACUCAGAGGAGGUAAAACCUGGAAUCAGAGAGGAAAGAGUAACGGCAGACAUGUUUUCUCACUGCUGCAGCCAUCACUUGUGCAGGCAGGAGGAGGCCAGCAGCUUCUCCUCCAGCUCUCAUUCAUUCAGUCACCCUCAACUCAACCCUGCCUCCAUUUUUUUCUGUUUACACCCCGAUUCUCUUCCCACAUUUCAGGAAGCAGUGAGUUUGACAUUCCUGCUCAUUACUCAGUCACACCUCUGGUUUGCAACUUCACAUAUUUCAUGUAAGCUUACUUUUUAUGCAGCCUAAAGAGAAAUUGGUGGGGGGCUGGGAUCAAAGCCAAGGCGGAUAGAUAUAGCAACACAAACCCUGUAGGACACAUCUGUUUACGCACUGAUGCACCACAGGAAGCCGGGGCAUCAGUCUGCCUCCUGCAGACCAGAAAUACUCUUCAUCUGCUGGUGGCUUGAAGAGAAUGCCCCCCAGUUUAUCUCAGAAGGUAUAAAGAGGUGUGAAGAGCUACCUUUAUUGGAUGGGGAUCGGUUUAGCUGCGCCUGUCAGGCUUAGGUUAUUCAGUUUUUGACGUCUCCAGGGUAAAUUGUUUUGACAUCUACAACGAUGAAAAAGAAACAGCAAAUCAAGAGACAAGUUACAGAAAGAAAAAACCUGAGAGGUUUAUGGCUUUAUUUACAGCAGGGAUGCUCCGUUUACAGAGAACGAUGCUACGCUGCAGCGCGUCUGCACAAAGUGAAACAGGUCAGCUUUAAUCAGAGAGGCGGUUGAUUAGGUGCAAACUGGAGCAGAUCUGAUUGCAGAUUAAGCACAAAUGAUCAGAUAUGAGCAGUAAGAAGUGAAAAAAUAACAUCUGUCCUUUAACCCCGGCGUCCCUUUAGGUUGUUUUCUUAAAGAAUGUCAUUAAAAUAUUAUAUGCAAAAUAUUUUUUCACACAGCAACUAAUACUCACUAAUUAGUUUUAUUUUUAAUUUAAAUUUUUUAUUCUAAUGAAUUUUUUAGCGAUUCUUUAUUUGAAUCAAAUUACAUGAUUUGAAAAAUCCAGAAGGGACACAGAUUACUUUAUUUUGCUUAAAAUUAAUUACCUGGAGAGACAAAGACUCAUGAAAGAUUCUAAUUCAGCUGAUUACAUACGUCACCUGGUCGAUAUACACGCAGUAACUGGAAAAGUUCUGCAAAACUAAAAUAAAACAGAAGAAAUGUCCGAUGAUUUUUCAGGCUCACUCCUUCUCUGCCUUUCCAGCCUCUCCCGGAUCGUCUUUGUGGUUUUCUGC